ACUCACAUCUUUCCCAUCGACAAAGUCUCACUUCGAUCACUCGACAAAAAAAGCGAGAAAGUACCAGCCAAGGAAAAUGCCGACGAGCAGUUUCGCAGGAUCCCUGAAAACGCCGAAGGUGAACGUCUCAAUCGACAUGGGAAAUCCUCUUCUCAACCUCUCUGUCGAUGGCUUCCUCAAGAUCGGAGCUGUUGGAGCCACGAGAGCUCUCGCGGAAGAUGCUUACCAUGUCGUCAAGAAGGGGAGUAUUUCCCGGAACAAUGUGGAGCAUGCGUUUAAAAAUAUGUGCAAAGAAGGAGCAUAUUGGGGAAGCAUAGCUGGGGUUUACAUGGGAACCGAGUAUGGAGUCGAAUGCAUCCGCGGCACCAGAGACUGGAAGAACGCCAUGAUAGCUGGGGCACUGACAGGAGCUAUUGUCACUGCAGCAAGCAACAAAGGCAAAGACAAGGUCGUGGUGAAUGCUAUUACAGGAGGCGCUCUUGCAACAGCUUCUCAGUUCCUUCACUACCACUUCUGAUGCAUUCAAUGCUCCGUUCUCGGUGUUAUACUGCGGAUUACUCUUUCUUUGCCAAGACCAUGUCUGACAAAAUGCCUCAAGUUUGGGGUAUAUCUAAUAUUUGUAGAUGUGGUGGAUUAUGUUUUUCCAAUAAUACUGUAACUGAAACAGGAUAAGCUGCAGUUAGGGUUGAUGUACACACAACUCUCUUCUUACAAUCUAUGAUUAGCUCUGAACAAGA